AACAACCUCAUUACCAAGAAGACUUUCUCCCACAACCAGAAGGGCCAUCGGAGCUGGAGUUACCCAUGGCGGCCUUCACGGGCCACUCUGCAGAGCCAUGCUACACUUCACUGGAGGAUCCGAACGAAUAAUUAAGGCUUCUCGUGGAGCAGUUUGCUCGAGACACUGAGAAAUCAUGCUCCAAGAUGGAUAUUCAAAUCAAAGCCCUUGCCACUUCCGAUCCCUCAUUUCUCCAUGAUAUGGAGGAGACUGUUCAGCGCUCAGCGAAGCAAACAGAGUGGGUGAAGCAAGUUUUCUCACAUCUUGCUCAAGAUCACCUUUCUGCUGCCACGCUAGAAGAGGUGGAGGAUGACAAAGGCUAUGGGAGCGUUGAGGAGCAUACAGAAGUUAUCACAGAGAACUCCCAUGAUAACCAUGAUCAGGAAAUUCCUUUGGUUGCAGACCACACCUUUCCUCAUUUAUGCUCUAACGUGUUGGGCCCGUGCGAGGAGAUGCAAGAUGAUCCCAUUAAAGAAAUUGCUUGGCGACUUGCUCUCCAAUCUGUUCUAGAAGAAGAAGAGCGAGCAAGGAUGAGGAAGAAAGUUGUGGAUGAUGAGGAAGAAAGAAAAGAAGAGGUGGUUCUUGAUCUUUUCCCAGGGGAGAGACCACAUUUUGAAGAAGGAAGGGGGGUUGAGGAAGCAAUUGGCGUCCAGGCUAAGGAUGAAGUUGAGGGGGAAGAGGCAUGCACCGGCCAUGAGUUACAAGUAAUAUCCCCACCAAACUUUGAGGAACUACUUGGCAAGGACCCAUUUGCAGUGUCUCUUUGCCAGACCAAGGCCACAUCGACAUCGGUCCCUCUUGGUGGACGCGAUGGUGGUCGGUCGAUGCUGUCAUAUCUGGUUUGGGGCAAUGAGACGAGAGAAGAGAAGAAGAGGUCUCGAGGGUGGAGACUUCAUCUGCAUCAAGUACAUGAGCCUUCAUCACCUGCCACACCACAUGCUCGUGACUUGAGACUCCACCUCAUCGACGAGAACCUCAACUUCAAGGAGGUUCUAGCAUGGACCGAAACUUAGGAGCCAUCGUCCGGCUCACGACGUGAAAGAAGCGCUUGUUGGGAGGCAACCCAACCAGUCGGUUUGCAUUUCUUUCUCUAUUUCUCCUCGGUUGAGUCAGUUUUGUUAUUUGAUUUAAGAGUCAAUAACUCAACCUUUGUGAGAUUUUGUGUGGUGUUUGUGUUCUGAUUACUCUCUCUUCCUGGAAUGCACUGCCUGACCCGUACAUCAUCAUUCACCCUUGAUCUGGUAACUUCGUUCUACCCUCCUUAUCUUUCCUCCAUUGAGGACAAUAUCGUGCUUAAGUGUGGGGGGUGUUCGAUUAUGUAUGCGGGUGAAUGUUUGGCUGUUUGUGUGCUUGGAGCCUAGUUCACUGUCCAAAUUUUUAAAUUUGAGGGCUCCAAGUAUGUGUUUCCUUGCAAAUUGCCUGCUCAGUAUGCUUUGAAUUGACAGUCUCUAUAGUAAUGUACAACCUAGGGAGGUAGUGUAGCACUAUGGAGGAUGUUGAAGUAUAAGAUUUUUCCUAUCUAGCUCUCUGUUGUGCCAGUUGAUUUUGUGAAUUAGUGGAGCUAAGACCGUUGAAUUCAUGUGGUAAUGGUGACUCUGUUUGGAUUAUGUUAUGGACUCGUGUAUCGAACAGGGUGCUCAUAUGGAAAAUGGGAAGCAGUUGGUCCUCCAUGUCAAAAUCAUUAAAUCUUAAACAUGGGAUAAGCCCAACGUGUGCGGCACCGUUCAUUGCACAAAAUCGGGUUUUGGAAGAGAUUUUAGUGAUCCUUAGUGGGGUACUCCUACAAGGUGAAGCUAAGUUGUCUCUAGUACAAGUAAAACUUCCACCCGUUGAACGGUUUGCCUACUUGAGGAUGUGUUUUUAAGGGCACGGAUAGAGCUUCCGACCCCCCUUAAUUUCAUUGACCCUCCACACGAGUUGAGGAAAAGGAGUUAAAAGAAGUAUUCUGGCGAGCUCCAGAUGUACAGAAAUUGCUCUUGCUCGACUAAUAAGGGUCGACCGUGCAAAAGACUGCAGUUGGAACCCCACCAAAUGAAAGUAAAAAUGUAAAUGAAAGUGAGAAAAAGGGGUUCCAAUGGUGAAAUGAAGUGAAAGAGCACCCCGGUACAACGAAUCCUUGGUUGUGAAUGGUGUGAGUCCCUUUAUCCAUGAACUGACUGUCUUACUUCUACUUUUUCUCAUGAUCCUGGCUUGAGUCUAGUACUCGCAUAGAGAGAGAUAGGGAACGUCUUAGAAGACCAGUUGAUCUCGUAAGCUGCUAUAUGAUCUAGGAAAUCCUCUACCGACGAUCGGGGUUGUAUGUUGCUAUAGAGCUCUGGAGAGCUGCAUUGGUUUGAGUUAGGUUUGCUUGGGGACAAGCAAACGGUUAAGUGUGGGGGAAUUUGAUGACUCGAUAUUUGCACAUGUUUUCCCCUUUGUUUCUUGAUUGUUUGAGCUUGAAUUAUCGUGUCUUUGGCCUAUUUUAUGCUAGGUUGUGUUCCUUUGUCACAUUUCAGGUCCUAGCACAUAAAGUGAAGCAUAGGCG